AAAUCAUCAGGGAGCAACAAACUUGCAUGCCGUAUUGGAAAAGUACCUUCAGUUGCUUUCCUGGUUUGCAAGAGGCCAUUCUAUAAAGACAAUACUUCAUGUAAAGAGGUUAUUGAGUCUGAGUUGAAAAAUAUUUUAGAACUUCAAAGGAAAUAUCACUUAAAAACAGUGGACGUACAUAAUAAGACAUUUGAAAACGUAUCAUGUGGCACAGCAAGUAAUAAUACAUGCAGUGGAUUUCUAGAAUGCUGGAUUGACAAAACUCUAGGGGAGUUCAAGAAACCUCGUAAUCACAUACUAUAUGGAACCAUAAAGAAACUUGUUCAAGAAGUUAAAAAAAUAACUACGCCACAAGGACUAAACAUAACCAUCAACGACAUUGAAAAAAUUUUGGCGUUCAUGAAACCGACCACGGGAAAUACAAUGUACAAGCAGAUUUGUGAUCUUCAAGGAUUUUUUCUGAAAAAAGGCGGCUUUCUAGUUGCUGAUACACCAGAAAUAAAAGAAAAUAUGGGCUUAAAUGAUCAAUGUUUUGACGGUGAACCAACAACUGAAAGAGUUCUAAACGGACUAGAAGAAAUUAUAAAUGGACUUAGAAAAAACACAGCGUCUGGACGGACAUUUUCAUUAAUAUUAUUUUUGAACGUCUUCAUUUCUUUUGCAACAUUUAUUUAAAAUCCUUAAUGUAACUUUCUUUAUGCUUUAUCAAAGGUCAUAUUAUUAUUUAUCUUCAAUGUAACAAUAUUUUGAUGCGCUGUUGAAAAAUACAAAAUCGUGUUCACAGUACGCCAUAAACCAGGGAAAGAUUAGCUUUCGUCUUAUAGCACGACACUUUUUCUUGUCUAAUAGCGUAGCCUCGGGACAAAGUGCAACAUUUUUGUCGUCUUAUAGCGUCACGUGGGGGCAAAGUGCGACACUUUUUUCGUCUUAGUCCGUGGCUUGGGGGUAAAGUGUGACACUCUUUCACUUCCUAUAGCGUGGCUUGGGGGCAAAGUGUGACAUUUUUUCACCUUUUGUAUUUUCCUCAGCUGGAAAAAAAUUGUUUCACUCGAAAGUUGGCAUACUAAAUGUAUAGGUCCGUCAGAUAUAAACAAUGACUGUUUUUUUUUCUCUAAUAAGGACAAUUAAAUUUUCUCAUUAUAUCAGACAA